CGCCCCGCCUCCCUAGCUGCGAGGUGACACGGGGCUUCACUUUAGGAAGGGGGCGACCGAAGCAAAGUAGGCGGAGGCCCCGGCUCUGCGGUGGGCGCCCUCCGGCAGCGCGGUUUAUUUAAAUCCGACUACCGCUGAUGAAGAUAUGUUGGAGUAACUCCUGAGACUGCCUGUUAUUAGCCAGAAGACAGUCUCUCUAUUUCACUUUUUUGUUUUCCUAAGUCCUUUGAGCUUUACUGUAACGACUGAAAAACUUGGAAAAUAAAAUGAACAUGCUGUGGUAUUGAACAUAAUUUUUUUUUUUUGAGGAAAAAUAAAAGUGCCAGAGUGAAAGCCAGAAUGGCAUCCAGAGAGAGGCUCUUUGAACUUUGGAUGCUUUAUUGUACAAAGAAAGAUCCAGAUUACCUGAAGCUGUGGUUGGACAAUUUUGUUUCUAGCUAUGAACAAUUCUUAGAUGUUGACUUUGAAAAACUGCCUACCAGGGUAGAUGAUAUGCCUCCAGGAAUAUCUCUGCUUCCUGAUAAUAUUCUGCAGGUUCUGAGGAUCCAGCUCCUCCAGUGUGUUCAGAAAAUGGCCGAUGGGUUAGAGGAACAACAACAGGCCUUGUCCAUUUUGCUUGUCAAGUUCUUCAUUAUUCUUUGCAGAAAUCUAUCAAAUGUAGAAGAAAUUGGGACUUGCUCGUAUAUUAAUCAUGUCAUCACCAUGACAACACUCUAUAUUCAGCAAUUAAAAAGCAAAAAAAAGGAGAAGGAAAUGGCGGAUCAGACUUCUAUUGAAGAAUUUGUGAUUCAUGCAUUGGCAUUUUGUGAAAGUUUGUAUGAUCCUUAUAGGAAUUGGCGACAUAGAAUCUCAGGACGAAUCCUUAGUACCAUGGAAAAGAGCAGACAGAAAUAUAAACCAGCUUCUCUCACAGUAGAGUUUGUCCCUUUCUUUUAUCAAUGUUUUCAGGAAAGUGAACAUCUCAAGGAAAGUCUUAAGUGUUGCUUAUUACACCUAUUUGGAGCCAUUGUAGCCGGUGGGCAGAGGAAUGCUUUGCAAGCAAUUUCUCCGGCCACCAUGGAAGUUCUUAUGCGAGUUUUGGCAGAUUGUGAUUCCUGGGAGGAUGGAGAUCCUGAGGAAGUGGGUAGGAAGAUAGAAUUAACCCUGAAGUGCCUUACAGAAGUGGUGCAUAUACUUCUCACAAGCAGCUCUGACCAGCGUCAAGUGGAAACUAGUACAAUUUUGGAGAAUUAUUUUAAAUUGUUAAAUUCAGAUCAUUCAUCUUUACCCAAACAAAGGAGAUCUAGACAGUGGGAAAGCCGGUUCAUAGCUCUCCAGAUCAAAAUGCUGAAUACCAUCACCACCAUGUUAGAUUGUACAGAUAGGCCUGUACUUCAGGCCAUUUUUCUUAACAGUAAUUGCUUUGAACAUCUCAUACGACUGCUACAGAACUGCAAGCUAUUUUUAAAUGCUAGCAAUAAGGUGGCAGACAAGAACCAGAAAGACCUUGCCAACAAAUUACUGACAGAAAUGAAUGAGGACCAGGUGUUUCAGGGACAGUUGGAUUGUUUGGCCGUCUCAACCAUUCAGGCUUUGACAGCAGUGAUGAACAAGUCUCCAGCUGCUAAGGAAGUAUUUAAAGAAAGAAUUGGUUAUACACAUAUGUUUGAAGUAUUAAAAUCUAUGGGUCAGCCAGCAUUGGAACUACUUAAAGAACUAAUGAAUAUGGCCGUAGAGGGUGACCACACUUCUGUUGGUAUUUUGGGCAUAAGUAAUGUCCAUCCUCUUUUGCUUCUCAUCCAGUGGCUUCCAGAACUAGAAUCACAUGAUUUGCAAAUCUUCAUCUCUGAUUGGCUGAAAAGAAUUUGUUGUAUUAAUAGACAGAGUCGAACUACUUGUGUCAAUGCAAACAUGGGAAUUAGAAUCAUCGAAACUCUUGAUUCUCAUUCUUCCCUCCAUCAAACUUGUGCUGAGAACUUGAUUGCAAUCCUUGGUUCCUUGGGGAGUCAGUCAGUGAGCUCAGAAGAAAUCCGUCGACUGUUGAGAUUGCUGAGAGUGGAUGAAGCUGAGCAUAUUCACCCUUAUACCAUUCCUGUCACUCGAGCAAUCCUGACAAUGGCCCGGAAACUAAGUCUAGAGAGUGCACUGCAGUACUUUAAUCUGUCACAUAGUAUGGCAGGAAUUUCUGUGCCUUCCAUACAGAAAUGGCCCGGGUCUGCCUUUUCUUUUAGUGCAUGGUUUUGCUUAGAUCAAGACCAGUUGACUGUUGGCGCUGCUAACAAAGGAGGAAAGAGAAAACAGUUGUACAGCUUUUUUACAGGAAGUGGAAUGGGUUUUGAAGCUUUUAUUACCCAUUCAGGUAUGUUGGUUGUGGCAGUGUGCACAAAAAGAGAAUAUGCAACAGUGAUGCUUCCUGAUCACAGUUUCUGCGAUUCCCUCUGGCACAACAUAACCAUUGUUCACAUGCCUGGAAAAAGGCCCUUUGGUCAGAGCCUAGUGUAUAUCUACGACAAUGGACAACAGAAGGUAUCUGCCCCUCUGAGAUUUCCUGCCAUGAAUGAACCUUUUACUUCCUGCUGCAUUGGUUCAGCUGGGCAAAGAACCACCACUCCUCCACCAUCCCAAAUCCCAGAUCCACCCUUUUCAUCUCCCAUUUCCCCUCAUCGAUCAUCAUUUGGUGGAAUUCUGUCAUCAGCCUCCUGGGGAGGAACAGCUGAAAAGUCAAAACUGACUACCAAAUUGAUAUCAGCUGGAACCCAAGACAGUGAAUGGGGAUGUCCCACAUCUCUGGAGGGUCAGCUAGGGUCUGUUAUUGUCUUCUGUGAAGCACUACAGCCUCCUCAAGUGAAGACAUUAUAUUUAGCAGGUCCAAAUUGUUUAAGUCCUUGGAAAUGUCAAGAGUCUGACAUGGCCGACCUGCCUAGUAACGUCCUUCUUCACUACACAGCAAAGGCCUGCAAAAACUCCAUCUGUCUUGAUUUAUCUGUUAACUGCUUGCAUGGACGAUUAACAGGAAAUAAAGUGGUGAAUUGGGACGUUAAGGAUAUCAUAAACUGCAUAGGUGGAUUAAAUGUACUCUUUCCUCUGUUGGAACAAAUCAGCCACUUUAAUGAGGGACUGAUUCCUGGGGGAUUGAAUGAAGCAGCAGUUCCUGAAUUGGUAACAGCUGUAGAAGAAGAUCGGCUGGUGUUGACCUCCACAAAGGCAUCAGAGUCAAGACUAGAGAGGAAUCUAGUUGCGACAUUUAUCUUGAUUGUGAAGCACUUUAUUCAGAGGCAUCCUAUCAACCAAGAAAAUUUGAUUCACUCCCAUGGUGUUGCAACUCUUGGUACCUUACUUCAGAAGGUGCCAAGCACCAUGAUGGAUGUUAAUGUAUUGAUGGCAGUUCAAUUGCUAAUUGAACAGGUGUCACUAGAGAAAAAUUCGCAGCUUCUGCAACAAAUGUAUCAAUAUUUGCUCUUUGAUUUCCGCAUUUGGAACCGUGGAGAUUUUCCCUUUCGAAUUGGUCAUAUACAGUAUCUUUCAACCAUCAUUAAAGACAGCAGGAGAGUUUUCCGAAAAAAGUAUGGUGUACAGUUUCUCCUGGAUACGCUUAGGAUUUAUUACGGGAGUAAUUGUAAAUAUAAUGAGCUGUCACUUGAUGAUAUUCGAACAAUAAGGACUUCUUUGUAUGGACUAAUUAAAUAUUUUCUGUGUAGAGGUGGAACUCAUGAGGAAAUACAAAGUAUCAUAGGCUACAUAGCUGCCACCAAUGAAGAAGAGCAGCUCUUAGGAAUUUUGGAUGUACUCUUCAAUCUCCUACGAACCAGCCCAACUAGAGGUCAGCUUUUCUUACUGCUGUUUGAACCAGGAAACGCUGAUAUCCUUUACGCCUUGCUCUUAAAUCAGAAGUACUCUGAUAGACUGCGAGAAAUAAUUUUUAAGGUUAUGGAGCAGAUGUUGAAAUGCACAAACGUUUACGAACGUAGUAAGCAACGUAUUCGACUCAGAGAGGUUGGCUAUUCAGGAUUGGGACUCCUUCUUAAUGAAUCACCCAUUAAUACUUCUCUUAUUAAAAACCUCACCAAUCAAAUCAUAAAUACAGAUUCCUUUAUUAAUUUCAAAGACCUGUUAUCUGUGGUAUAUAUGUCUCACAGAACAUAUUUAAAUGUCAGAGUGAUCAUCUGCAGAAAGAUUUUACAGAUUUUGAGGUCCCAACCAGAUGCAGCACAUCAAAUGUCACAACAAGUGGGUUGGCAAGACACUUUAGUUAGGCUGUUUUUAAAAGCAAACUUUGAAAAUGGAAAUACUCUUCAAAAGUACAGUAAGGCUGUUCCAGUGAAAGACAACGAUAAAAAUGUGUCAACUGAAGAUGUUAAGAGGAACUUUGAUGAAAAGGCUGAUGAGGAAAAAACCAGCUCUUUUGCAUCAGGGAAUGUGUCGUCUGAUCAGUGGAGUUUGGAAGACAGACAGUCGCUCGACUCAAACACACCAUUUUUUCAGGAAGAUAGUUCUGUGGGAGAAUUGUCUUUCAAAUCAGAGGAUCAAGAAGAAUUUUGGCCUAGUAUCCCUUCACAUUUGAGUUUAGAUCUCAGUGGAAUUGAGUCAUGUGAACUGAGCGAUAGUGGAAGUCAAAUGCCAGACAGCCUGCCUAGCACACCAUCCCCAAUGGAGUCUGUGAAACCUUUUUCUGUGCAGUCUGACAGAGACAGCAACAUCACACAUGAUACAGGCUUUAAUGAUGAUUACUCUUUACUUGAAAGCCAAGAGAGAUGUGAGGAAGAGCUUUUUCAGUUACUGACAAGUAUUUUGAAUUAUGUAAUGUGUAAGGGACUAGAAAAGUCGGAUGAUGAUACUUGGGUUGAACGAGGACAAGUGUUUUCAGCAUUAACCAAACCAGGAAUAUCCAGUGAACUGCUUCGACCACCAGAUGAAAUAAAACUUACUUUGCUACAGAAGAUGUUAGAAUGGGCAGUCACAGAAAACAGAGACGCAAAAACAAAUCCAGUAGCUGCUGAAAAUGCCUUCCGACUCAUGCUGAUCACACAGGACUUCCUGCAAUCAGAGGGACUAGUUAAUUCAAACAUGUGGACUGAGAAGCUUUUAGAGGAUGUCAUGCUGCUCUUUGAUUGUCUGUCCAUCUGGUUUGCUGAAAGUCCGGUAUGGGGAAAACUCUCUCAAAUUCAGAUCCAGUUGCUUCUAGGAUUCAUUGGAAGGGGCAAUCUACAGGUUUGUGCAAUGGCAUCAGCAAAGCUAAACACCCUUCUUCAGUCCAAAGUGAUUGAAAAUCAGGAUGAAGCAUGCUAUAUUUUAGGGAAACUGGAACAUGUUCUAAGUCAGUCUGUUAAGGAACAAACUGAAAUCUACUCAUUUCUGAUUCCUCUCGUCCGGACCCUGGUUUCCAAAAUUUAUGAACUUCUCUUCAUGAACUUGCACCUGCCUUCUUUGCCCUUGACUAAUGGUAGCUCCUCAUUUUUUGAAGACUUUCAAGCAUAUUGCAGUUCAAAUGAAUGGCAAGUUUACAUAGAAAAAUAUAUUGUACCUUAUAUGAAGCAGUAUGAAACCCAUACAUUUUAUGAUGAUCGUGAAAAUAUGGCACUUUAUUGGAAGGGUUGUUACGAAGCAUUAAUGGUGAAUAUGCAUAAACGAGAUCGGGAAGGAGGGGAAAGCAAGCUCAAAUUCCAGGAGUUUUUUGUGGAACCUUUUAAUCGAAAAGCACGUCAUGAGAACUUGAGGUAUAAUAAUAUGCUUAAACAACUGAGCAGUCAGCAGUUAGCUGCUUUCAGACGCUGGAAGGCAACACAGCUCUACCUUACAUGUGAAAGAGGACCUUGGGCUGAAAGGAAACAGAAUCCAGUUCACUGGAAAUUAGCUAAUGUAGAAAAUUAUUCCCGCAUGAGACUUAAACUGAUUCCAAACUAUAAUUUCAAAACCCAUGAAGAAGCUAGUGCUUUGAGGGAUAAUUUAGGUGUCCAACACUCACAGCCUUCUAAUGAUUCAUUGCUUUUGGAAGUAGUAAAACAAGUAAAAGUUAGUGAUAUGGAAGAAGACAAAUUGGAACUUCUUGAAGAGGACUUAGCAGCCAGAGUAAAUAUUGAUGAGAAAGAAGAACAGGAUCAAAAAGAAAAAUUGGUGUUGAUGGAAGACUGUGAACUCAUUACAGCAAUUGAUGUAAUUCCUGGAAGAUUAGAAAUCACAACACAUCACCUUUACUUUCAUGACUGCAGCAUUGAAAAAGAGGACGGAGUCGGUUUUGAUUUCAAGUGGCCUCAUUCUCAAGUUCGAGAGAUUCACUUACGACGUUAUAACUUGAGAAGAUCAGCCCUUGAGAUUUUUCAUGUUGACCAAUCCAAUUACUUUCUCAAUUUCAAAAAAGAGGCUAGAAACAAAAUAUAUAGCAGACUAUUGUCACUUCAUUCUCCAAAUAGUUACAGAUCCAGAUCACCACAGGAAUUAUUCAAAGCAUCAGGAUUGACACAGAAAUGGGUGAACAGAGAGAUAUCAAAUUUUGACUACCUCAUUCAAAUAAAUACAAUGGCAGGCCGAACCUAUAAUGACCUUGCACAGUAUCCUGUGUUUCCCUGGAUUUUACAAGAUUAUACUUCAGAAGAAUUGGACCUAAAUAACCCUGCUGUAUUUCGAGAUCUUUCUAAACCAAUUGGAGUAGUUAAUGAUAAAAAUGCCAAAGCUAUGAGAGAAAAAUAUGAAAAUUUUGAGGAUCCUAUGGGAACUAUUGAUAAGUUUCAUUAUGGCACUCACUAUUCAAAUUCUGCGGGGGUCAUGCACUAUCUGAUUCGUGUAGAACCAUUCACCACCCUCCAUAUCCAGCUCCAGAGUGGAAGGUUUGACUGCGCAGAUAGACAGUUCCAUUCUCUCCCUGCUACCUGGCAAGCUCUCAUGGAUAAUCCAAAUGAUGUGAAAGAACUGAUUCCUGAAUUCUUCUACUUCCCAGAGUUCUUGGAAAAUCAAAAUCACUUUAACUUGGGUCGCCUACAAGUUUCCAAAGAACUAGUAAAUGAUGUCAUUCUCCCCAAAUGGGCUAAGUCAGCUGAAGAUUUCAUCUAUAAACAUAGGAAAGCUCUGGAGUCUGAAUAUGUUUCUGCUCAUCUUCAUGAAUGGAUAGAUCUAAUUUUUGGCUACAAACAGAGAGGUCCAGCGGCAGUGGAGGCACUCAAUGUUUUCUAUUACUGUAGUUAUGAAGGAGCUGUAGAUCUGGAUGCCUUGACAGAUGAGAAGGAAAGAAAAGCCUUAGAAGGAAUGAUUAAUAAUUUUGGGCAAACACCUUGUCAGCUGUUAAAGGAACCACACCCUCCUAGACUGUCAGCAGAGGAGGCAAUUCAGAAGCAGACCAAAUCGGACACUUCAACCCUAAACCUCUUUCAACACCUCCCUGAACUCAAGUCGUUUUUUAUAGAGGGAAUUAGUGAUGGUAUUCCACUCUUAAAGGCCAUUGUUCCCAAAAAUCAGUCACGUUCUUUUAUGUCUCAAGGCAGCCCUGAGUUACUGGUAACAGUAAGCAUGAAUUAUGUUAUUGGAACACAUGGAUGGCUGCCUUAUGACAGAAACAUAUCUAAUUACUUCACAUUCAUCAAGGAUCAAACUGUGACAAAUCCGAAAACUCAACGUAGUAUCAAUGGUCCUUUUGCUCCAGGGCUGGAGGUCACUUCCAAACUGUUUGUAGUAUCACAUGAUGCAAAAUUGCUCUUCAGUGCUGGACACUGGGAUAAUAGCAUCCAAGUAAUGUCACUUACAAAAGGCAAAAUUAUCUCACACCAUAUCAGACAUAUGGAUAUUGUGACUUGCUUAGCUACAGAUUACUGUGGAAUACAUUUGAUUUCUGGCUCCAGAGAUACUACAUGUAUGAUAUGGCAAAUAACGCAACAGGGAGGUGUUCCCAUUGGCUUAGCUUCUAAACCAUCUCAGAUUCUUUAUGGACACACCGAUGAAGUAUUGAGUGUCGGCAUCAGCACUGAACUAGACAUGGCAGUGUCAGGAUCAAGGGAUGGCACUGUGAUUAUACAUACCAUCCAGAAAGGCCAGUACCUGAGGACUUUACGACCACCUUGUGAGAGUUCACUACUCCUGACUAUUCCCAACUUGGCUCUGUCUUGGGAAGGACAUAUUGUCAUCUACUCCAGCAUUGAAGAAAAGACCACCCUCAAGGACAAAAAUGCGUUACAUCUGUUUUCUGUAAAUGGCAAGUAUCUGGGGUCUCAGAUCCUGAAGGAACAAGUAUCAGAUAUGUGUAUAGUUGGAGAACACAUUGUCACGGGCAGCCUACAGGGGUUCCUGUCUAUAAGAGAUCUCCACAGUUUGAAUCUCAGCAUCAACCCAUUAUUCAUGCGAUUGUCUAUCCACUGUGUGUGUGUAACCAAAGAAAACAGCCAUAUUCUUGUGGGCUUAGAAGAUGGCAAACUGAUUGUGGUGGGCGUUGGCAAGCCAGCUGAGAUGCGGUCAGGUCAACUUUCUCGAAAAUUGUGGGGAUCUAGCAAGCGACUCAGCCAGAUUUCAGCUGGAGAAACUGAAUAUAAUACACAAGAUUCCCAGUGAUUGUGUUUCCGUCGUCUGUCAUGGAUAACUGAAACCUGAUUUAUUCCUUUGCCACUUUAACACAUCUUUCAACUCUCUGAAAUGUUUUAAUGCUUUUAUCCCUGAAAGUCGUCUAGGGAUUACCACAAUUUGGUAUGGUACUUAUAAAGACAUAGGUUAUUAUUAUCGACUUUUAAAAUUUCUCAUUAACAUUCAUGAAUCCAGUCUUAUCAACCAAUUGUUGAUCUACACUGAUAGAUUUGAGAAAAUCAUUUGAUUCAAUUUAAUAGCCCAUUUCUAAAACAAAUUUCAAAAUCAAGAAAUUAGGUUAAGUUUGCAUAUUCUAAAUAUAAAAAUUCUAAGAUAUUUUUUCUAAUAACAAGGUUCAGAAAAUUAUACAGUUGAGAGACAUGACUAGUUAAUCAUUUUCCUAUUUACUGACCAACGUAGCCAAUAUAUCAAUUUAUUUGUUGAAUUCCUAAUUGGAGGUAUGCUUUAAAGGAAUCUAUGGCACACUUGAAUUUUCAAAACUCAGCAAAGUUCUAGUUUUAUGUGGUAAGAUUAAAAUAAGAAUAUUGAAACUGAUACAUUGGCUCAUUAUACUACUACUUAGUGUCUUAUUAAUGAGAACCUACUGAGAUGUAUUAUUUUUCAGCAAUAAAAGUUGAGUAGGAAAAAGAGAAACUAGAAAUACAUUUUUACAUAAGUAUUUCAUUAGUAGCAUAAUUUUAAAAUGUCUAUUGCCGAUUUUGACAGUGGGGUCAUUUAAGUAGAAUUUGCAGCACAAUUUACAUCUGCAAAGUUCAGAAUCUCUUGGUUUUUUCAUUAAUAAAAGCAAGUACUUUGGUUUCCCAGUUAGAGUAGUUAACAAUCAUAUCCAAAUAAGUUACUUUUUUACCUAGGAUAUCUGUGAGAUUGAUGGGUGAAUUGAGAAGGUAUGCAUAAUUUAAAGUAGUUGCUUAGAUAUAUUAUUUAAAAAAUUGCUAUUUCAUAUUAUGUACAACUUUUUGGAUUAUGGCCAAUUCUAUUAUAGAUAGUUAAAUGUUACAGUAUGCUUAUAGAAAAUUUUAAAGUAAAGGCCUGAUUGAUUUAAUUUGGAAUUCAAAAAAAUUGGUAAACCUGUUUUUUAUUGAGCAUCUUUUGAGUUAGGUCAGAGAGCUUUUACACUACCAGUGUUAUUAAUCUGAAAUUCUUUGGGUUUUGAAUUCAUGAAUCCCUGAAAUUGUGCAGAAAGUUGGAUGUUAAAUGCAUUUUUAAGAAAGAAGGGUUGCAUGGUUUUCUGAAAGGGAGCUGUGAUUCCCUGCCUCCAAAACAAGCAACAAGAAAUGACUCUUACAAUAGCAGCUUCUUAAAAUAGUAGUACUCUUUGUUUUGUCCCACAAAUCAUAGCUUUCCUUAAACCCAGUUGUCUUCUCAAUGGAAUCUUGGAAAAAUUUUCUCGUUGCAAUUUCUUUCUCCAAUUGACCACAGUAUGCAGUGCCAUUUUAUUUAUAAUCCUAUGUGUGAAAUGAAGAAUUCUUUUUGGGUAAAUUUGUGAAUAGAUUUGAUUUGCUAUGAGUCAGGACUAAUGAAAGUUACAGAAGAUUUACUUUCCAAUAAAUUUAAAUCCUAUUUUACUUAGUAAUGUUUUAGGUAAAUGAUACAGAAGUGAACUGGUGCAGUGAAUGUAAAAUAGACAUAUGUAAAUAUUAAGGUUCCUUUUCUGAGGACUUCAGGUGUUUGUGUUGAAGAUGUUAAAACUUAAUUAUAAUAGAUAUCCCAGCCAGAUGAAUACUAGAUGGUCAGGGGUGGGUGUGUAGCCUAGUGGUUAAGAUGCCAAUUGAGACACUAGUGUUCUAUAUCAGAGUACUCAUGUUAGAUGCCCUGCUUUGGCUCCUGACUCUGACUUGCAACUAAUGCAGACCCUGGGAGGCAGCAAUGAUGGCUCAGGUAAUUGAGUCCCUGCCUCCCUUAUGGGAGACUGAGAUUGAACCUAGCGUAGUGUCAGCCAUCGCAGGCACUGAGGAGUAAAUAAACAUAUGGGAGCUCUCUGCCUCUCUCUUGGCCUGUGUCUCUCUCCCUCUGUCUUUCCCUCUUUCCACCUCUGCCUCUCAAAUAGAUGUUUUUUUAAAAAUAGCACUAAAUGUUCAAGAUAAUGAAAUUAUUCCUCUUAUUACCUCUCCCAAAAAGUAGAAACAAAAUUGUGGAAUUUUUAGAAUACUAGCAACAGUCUAGAAGAAUGAAACUUAAAUUUUAUCCAUUAAAAUAAGCAAAUAUAGAACCAUUAGCUGAGUAAUAUAUUCCUCACUUAAACAGUAUAGCCCUCUGAAGUAAAAAUCACUAGAUGAAAUCAUUAGAAAGGGCCAGCAUUUGACACAGCUGGUUGAGCCACACUUGCAGCACAGGAUCUCUUACCAAAGUGCCUGUUCAAGUCCUGGCUGCUCCACCUCCCAUCUAGCUCCCUGCUAACGAGCCUGGGAAAGCAGCGGCUGAUGGUUCCAUGUGCUGCCCUUGUGGGAGACCUGAAUGGGUUUCUUGGCUCCUGGCUUCAGCCUGGCCCAGUGCCGUCCACUGCAGCCAUUUGGAGAGUGAAGCAGUAGAUGGAAGAUGUUUCUUUUUGUCUCUCCCUCUCUCUGUCACUCUGCCUUUGAAAUAAAUCAAUUUUUUUUAAAAAAAUUCUUUAAAAGUCACUGGAAGGAAUAUUUAUAUGUUAUCCAUAGAAGUUAUUUCUAUAUUAUAUGAUAGGAGAAAUAAACAGUAUCAUCAGAAUGGACUAACAGGUGAGCAUGUAGUUGAUCCAUUUAGUAUCUGAUUGGCUGUUAUGAAGUCUGUUAUGUUCACGGCACUUUUCGUCUACUUUUGUUUCUUGACACUGGUGAUGGAAAUAAAAAUCUCAGUGUGUUAGCUAUGAGGAGAGGGUUAUACUAAGAUGAAGAUUGGUACUUCUAGACAGUAAUCUAUUAAAUGAAGAAGCUUUAUCAAAUUAUUUACAACUCAUUCUGUAUUCUGGCAUAUCUUAGGUGAAAUUGGAGGAGAGAAGGAACAACUUGAGAAUCAGGAAAUUGUGUCAAAAUGAAAGUUGGUUGGGUGGCUUCAGAUCUUUUUAGCUUGUGAAGCUUAUUUCAGUUAUGAAGAGGUUCUAUCAAUUUCCUCUAUGUGACAGUGCAUUCAUUUGUAGGAGAAAAGAAUGCCAAGUUUUUAUUUUGUCAUCAGCAAGAACCAUUAGUGAGAUUUCCUUUUUUUCUCUAGGGUAUAUCAACAUUGUCCUUCAGCAAACUGGUAUUGAAAAUCAGUUAUGUGCUUUUGAAGAAAAUCAGUGUGCCUUCAUAAUUAGAAUUUAGAUUUGAAGGUUGAAUCUUAACCUAAGACUUUUUAUAAUUCGCUUAAAGAGGAGUAGGCAGAGAAAAUUAACUGAGAUACCAGAUUUUGAUUUAAUGAUAAUACAGAUAUAGUUCUUGCCUUAAAUGCAUUUUAUAUUGCUGUCACUAAAGAAAUCACUAAGGACAUCUUUUAAUUAAAUUUAAACUUCACUCCUUUUAUAUGUUUAUAUCUAUAAAAUGAAUGACAUUGUCUUUACCACUGAAGACAUGUUAAGUGCUUAAACUAUAUUAAGUGUAAAUAUAAUAUGUAAUGUGAAUGUGUGUAUGUGUUUGUAUGUGUGUAAAGUUGAUCUCUUAAAGUAUACUGUUAAGCCUGUCUUAAGGAUUCAGUUUUUGACUGGGUUAUAGAAAUGAAAUAUUUUAUUUUUGCUUUAUAAUUUUAAUCUGAUGUUUUCAUUUAUCAUCCAGACUUACAGCUUGUUCUUCUCUUCAGCUGAAACUGUUUUUCCCCAACAAAUGAUCAAUCUUAAACAUUUUUAUCACUCUUAACAACUAUCCAUUCCAAAUACUUUCUUUGCCUAUUUUUACAUACUUAGACACCCAACAUUUGAUUUGUUCAAAUCUAACUCCAUCCAGAACAUUGUUCUAUAGUUUUCUUGUGUUUAUCAAAGACAUGGAGAUACUUUUUCUGAUGACUAUAGACAGAAAUACAGUGUUGUCAGUCAUCAUAUCAAUAUUAUUUAAAAUGUGUGCCACAGCCUUUGUUUAAUUAAAUCACAUUUUCUAGGCCAGUAAUUCUUAAUUGAAAUUGCAGAUCAAACUUUUCCUUAGGCUUUUAUAAAUAUACAGAUGUGUAGGCACUGCUUGGGACUUUUAGAAUCCCUUUCAUUGAUGUUCUUAGUAUAAAAAAUUAUUUCUCAAGAUGACUAUCUAUAAAACUUGUGCUUUUGAAAUUUAUAUUUAUUAGAUAAAAUUGUCUUUAAAAAAGAUGAUUAUAUAUUAUACCUUAAGAUAUUUUCCUUUAUAGGAAAUAGUCCCUUUUUUUUUUUAUAAACUAGAUCUCAUGUUCAUAGCCUUCAUUAUUAUUCUGCGAGUUUUGUCUGAAAUGUGCUUGGAGAGGUUUUAUUAUCUUUGUUUCUCAUGCCGCACAGGCAAACAAAUGCCCUUCUCAGUUGCAUUGUUCUUCCCAAGAACACUCUACAGACCUUUCACAUUUGAAACAGAUAAUUAAUAUUUACCUCAAAAAAAGUGUGUUUGCUAAUAUUACUUCUUAGUGACUAUCAGUGAAUAUUUUGCACACUUAAAUUGGGUAACAUUUUAAAUAAUAAAAAGCACGAGUAACAAAUGCUAAAUUUAAAACAGAAUUAGAUGUCUUGAGGCUUGUAAUCAAUAGAAUUUUUCUAAUUUGAAAGCCUUGGAUAACUUCUCUAGGUACUUCCAAUGACUUUUUACUGGUACAGCUCUGUAGGAAGAUAAUCUUGAAUUUGCAAUAGGUGUUACAAGGUAUAAAGCAUUAACAUUGAAGACACUGAGGACUAAAAUGCAAAUGAUUUAGUUUCCUUUUAAAAUCUAUAAGGCCAUCUGAUAACACAGAAGUUGCAAGAUUCUCUCCCCUGUAAGAACUUUGUAUUAAUGGCUUUGUUACCAGAUGUUUUGCUGAUGGUCUCUCACUGACAGUUAUCCCCUGUGGUGAUUUCUAUGCACACUGCAGGAUUUGGCCUCUGAAGCUAAUGCCUUCGUGCUAAGUAGAGGACACAGAGUCAAUGAUAUUUACCUUUGUCUUCAUACCCAUAAUCUUAUGAACUGAAAAUUCAGAAGGAAAAGAACAGUAGAAAGUCACUUGUUUAACAUUUGUUUUCCAUGGUACAGUUUUUGUAUGUUUUUUUUAGAAACUUAAAAUUUUGCAAAUAUAAUCACAAUAAUAAUAACAAUAUAAUUUUACCAUUUAAAAAAUGACCCAUUAUUGUUUCAAAGAGGACUGGUAGUGGAGUUAUGUGUGUUUCAACUUAAAUGAUGCCUAUUUCAUUAUUUACAUUUAUAAGUUUUUCAGUAUAUGAAGUGAUUAGCUACUUCUACUACUAUUAUGUAGCAUUGUAAUAAGAAACAGAAAAGUUAGGACUUAGGUGUGAUUCAAACAAUUAUACUUUACUGAUUAACUUCGAAAAGAGAAGUCUUUUCAAUUGAAUGUUUUAAAAUUUUAAUUUGGUACUAAUAUAUUCAGUUUUAAAAUUUUAAUUUGGAACUAAUAUAUUCAGUUUAACAUGUAUUAAAACGAAGUUUGGUGGUAGUGUACUACUAGUUAAUACUGAAAUGCCUUUUUUCUUGAUGUUUUCUCUUUUCAUAACAUUUUCCCACAUUACCUAAGCAAUGUGUUUAUGAUUUAGUGGCUCCAUCUACAGAUUCAUAAGUGCUAUACUUUAAAGGAGGAAAAACAACUUUAAUAGAAUUAAUUGGCUCUUCAGAAUGUUAAAAUUGUCUUAAUCAACUGGCACUUUUAAGUGGACUGGUAGGGAAAUAACAGUAGUCAGAUUCAACUGAAAAAAGGUUAUACAUUCUUACUAUAUAGGAUUUACAAAGCAUAACUUUAUUUCUUUGAGAUUUUGAUUGCUUUUCUUAAAUAAAUUUCAGUAAUUUGUAAUAAUUUCUAUACUACUUCCCAAGCUGUGGUAUGUGGUAUGUUACAGUAGAUCUUACUAUCAAAGUUCUAUAUUUUUUACUUUUUUCCUAUUCUGCUUUUUACUACUCUGAAAGCCUGUGAUUCAUAAACAUCAUCCACAAGUUAUUUUUGUGGCUAUUUCUUACUUUCUAUUUAUCUUUAUAUAAGAAGACGUGUUAGAAAACCAUGUUGCUCUUCUGUUCUGUGCAGAAGCUCUUAACAGGUAGAACUUUCUUUCCGCUAAAGAUUUUUAUAAACUUGGAAUAAAACAUUUCACAAAAAAAUAGUCAGGUAUCUGGCCAGACACCCUUUUUGUGUAAGAUUCAUUGCUACAGAAGCAGUUCCAGUAGGCAGAAAAGUGUCAUACAUAUGGGAUUCGUCUGUUUGGUCGGUUUCUCUGGGACCCAGAUUAAAUAGCAUUUCAGUGUUAAAAAUGCUGAUGGUGUGCUGAAUGCGCGUGUAUGCACAUAGUUGCUUCAUUGUGAGCUAACUCAAAAUUGAGAAUGACUUGUCUUUAAAAAAGUACUUGGAAAUUGUGCUGCUACUUAAAUAUUUAAGAAAUUCAGAAAGUUGUAUAUUUAUCUUAAAAUGUUCCUUCUUGUUUGUUCUACUGGAAUUGACCAUGGAAAAGAGAAUACUAAGUCUUAUUUAUAUCUAAUUAUUGACUGUGCAAACUGAGACUCAGUGGAUAUGUAUAUGCCAAAAAAAAAGUUUUAAAGUUGAACAAGUUUAGACUUUAUAAAUGUGUAAAUAAUUUUGAUUAGUAUUCUUAUAAUGAUGUUACUGUUAGUUUGGUGCAAUACAUUCUUUCCUUCCUCAUUCUUUAAAAUUAAAUAUAUAAGAUUAUGUUUUAUUUGUUACAUUAAGUGAUGUAUUAAAAAUUCAAUGUGUAUAUGAGCUAAUGUUUGAUGUGAUUUGUUUUUGUAUAGCAUGAUUGAAGAAAAUAAUUGAAAAUUUUGCACUUUUUUAGUCCCUUGGAAAUUUGUAUUUUAAAAGUUUUUAAGAAUGUACAUGUAUUUUGUACAUAUAAAUUAGCUUUGUA